GACAACAUUUAGAUUUUCUGUCAGUUUGAUUUUACAUUUCGAAAGAAACAAAUAUUCUCGCUUAUUUUAUCCCUGCGCUUUUAUUUGAAUAAUUUGUUCACUAAUAAUUCUUGUUUUUAGUGUCAAGUGGAUAGGACUACGCUUUACGAAACUUUAGACACUGUUAGCAUUGCAGCUACCUCGCUACAGCUAACAUCUUUAUCUUUAACUUAACUUCAGCCUAACAUCGUAUAAAUUACACAUUUCUAUUCAUAUUAAUUAAUUUUAUUUAUAUUAAGUGCCUGCUGCUAUCUAUUCAUUAUGCCUAAAGGAGGCAAGAAGGGUGGACACAAAGGUCGGAUGAGAACAUACACAAGUCCUGAAGAGAUAGAUGCUCAAAUGAAAGCUGAAAAAGAACGUAAAAAGGUUGAACAAGAGGAAGAAGGAGCCGCAGUGAAUGAUAACCAAACAGAUGACAAACUGAAUGAAUCUGGUUCUGAGGACAGUGAUGAUGAGGGUUCUCAAAAAAGAAAGGGUGUGGAGGGACUUAUAGAUAUUGAAAAUCCCAAUCGAGAAGCUCAGAAAGCAAAGAAAGUAACAGAUCUUGAACUGGAUGGACCCAGACAGCUGUCUAGAAGGGAGAGAGAGGAGAUAGAAAAGCAGAAGGCAAAGGAAAGGUACAUGAAGCUUCAUUUAGCAGGAAAGACAGAUCAAGCCAAGUCAGACCUUGCUCGCCUUGCCAUAGUUCGAAAGCAACGUGAAGAGGCAGCUAAGAAGAAAGAAGAGGACAGGAAAGCAAAGGAAGAGGCACAAGCAGCAGCGGCAGCAGCAAAAGGACUUCAUACCCUAUCCCUUAAAUAAUAGUCAAUGGGAUAAAUGGUUUUAUUUGAUUUGUGAACCAGUGCAGUAUAUACAUUUACUGACAUUAUUAUACUGUUUUUGAGGACAAGUUUGAUCAUGAUUUUAUGCUUUAUGAGAAAGUGCUAUACAAUGUUCCACUCAAAAGGAAUAUUUACGCUUUGAAAGUAUAAGUAGGCCUUAUACAGGUGCAUCUCAAAUAUAAGAUAUAUGACAGUUUACCUUUUUAAAUUUAAUUAUGAACAGAAAUAAUCUUUUUCAUGAUAUUCGUAUUUGUUGAGGUGCACUUGUAUAUAACGGAUACAGUGAUGCUUAUGAGAGGGUCUAGAUGUUCUUACCAAAGCAAGUAAUUCACAGUGAUGAUUCUAGAUCAUAUAUUUAUUAAUAUAUUGAUUAGUGUAAACCCGAUGAAUGUAACUGCUGUCAAAAGAAGUGAUAGUUUAAGAUGUAAGCAAAAAAACAUAACUAUUUGUUACAAUACAACUGGUGCACCUGAGCUUUACUUAACAAUGUCUUCAUAUUUUACUAACAUUAACAAAGACUCAAAUGUUAGUAUAAGUCUUAUGAUGUCUAUCAAGAGAUAUACUGUCACAAUGUUGGAUGCAUCUGAAUGGUCAUUUACCUGUUUGAUAAUGAAUAAGUACACUUGCUAUUCAGACUGGCCUUCAGUGAUGGUAGAAAAAACCCAAAACACACACACACACACACACACACACACACACACUAGCAAUGUAUAUCAUUAACUGAAAAAUUAAUUUACUGUAAUUGCAAACAUUUAGGUCAUACAUUAAAAGACACUGGUUCAUAGUAAUGAAUCUGAGUGUAAAUAUUUAAGGUGCUCGCUUAUCUACAGAUUCUUGGUCAAGCAACGUAAUAAAAUAAAGAUUAAAUGUGGAAGCACUUUA